AGCUGACUAGCUGAAGCGCCCUAUCUCGUGCGACAACGUGAGAUCGUGUGCGACGAGAUCGCGAGAUCAAAACAAGUUACGUGGAAUGUUGUUUUGGGUUGCGUACACGACGGGCGCGCGCGCAAGCACAGAUUGUUCAAUAAUGCAUCGUGAUCGUUUGAUGCGAUGUGCGCGAUCGUUCGCUUGAGUCAUUGAGGGGGUAGGGGUUGUCCCACCGUUUCUCAUACGUGGCGCCUGCUUUAUGCGUUCUUGUUACGCUCGGUUGCGUUUCAAAAGAGCGGGAGGAGCAAAAAAAAAAACAAACGAAAAAUCCGUAAUUAAAACCACCGCCGUACACACUGUAGUCGUGGCCGUAGAGAAGUGCGCCUUGUGUCUGCCCGGGAGGGGGGCAAUAACUUAACCUUGUUGCCGGUAGCACGCUUGCUCGAGCAGAAUGAGGUGUCUGCCAUUUCCGCCACAAAAAAACUGCGAUCCAGGCAACAAUUUGUGGCAAUGCGGCCGAUGGCGUCUUGGUGGAAAUGCCACGCGCCUCCAAAAAUCCAUUCUCUUUCAGGUUCUUGGCCGGCACGGCUCACGAGAAUGGCCUUCCUACGUGCAGCGGUAUGCUUGUGUGCAGUUAGCGCGCACGCGAUCGUCGUAUGCGUGAUCAUCCCCCAUUUUCCCCUUCCUUUUCAGCUCAGCAUCCCACCAGCAUGAGGGCCAAAUCCAAAUUUAGACUGACCGAGAUAAAUAAUACACGUAAACACUGCGUUGCAUUCGAGCACUGUGCACGGCGCUUGACAGACGACGACGGCGACGAUCGUCUACUAACGAUCGGAAUGCCGGAAUGACUUGUCGCCACGGGAGGGGUUUUCCGACGCCACUCGCCAGUGAGUGAGAGCGAGAAACUAUUUUUGGCUUCCGUUGCAUAAUGGACCAAGUGACUACCUUUGAAUUGAGCUAAGUAUAGGGUAGGGCGCGCUAUUGAACCGCUUGAAACAUGAUUCGCCGUGCACGAGGGGUGGCGCCCGGUUGCUGACGCAAAACGAAAUCGGAUUCCAAUGCUAGAUUGGGCUUUCCUCCGUCGUGGGCUACCACCAGCGGUUAGUGGUGCUAAUGCCCGCGCCGUUGGAAAAGCGGUGGCCAAGCGAGAAAACCGUAAACACGCUUGCAAGCACGCACACACACGUUUUGUGGCCACCUUCAACUCCAAUCCUUUCCCAGCCCACCCAUCCCGGGACCGGUUUCUGGUGCAAAGAACCAAGAUGAGGUUGCGGAUGGCGAUCAUUUCGCUAAAAAUAGCGAAUGGAGAACGAGAACUUGGCUGGCUCUACAGACUCCAUCAUUCUAUCCACACCACGAGGGCCGUUGGCAGGCGUGUCGGGGCAUGGAAUGGAUACCAGGUGCGGAGGGUGUAAAAGUACUCCGAGAAGAUGCCGUUGACAUCAUAUUCGUGCGGUAUUAUUUGCGCAUCGCAAUUGCCACGAGAAGUAGGAAGAGGAAAUGCAAACGGAACAGCGAGAGAGAAGAGAGAGAACCUUGGAACUCGAGGUGGGCGCGGCAGACUUUGCGCCACGUCUACAAAUGCGUGCGCAAACCACACGGUACACCGAUCUGUGGAUUAACGCGCAGAUAGUUGAUCACCGGUACGCGGAGAGGCGAGGGAUUAAACUGCGCUGCACGUCAGUGCGUCAGGGAGCUGCGAGAUGAACUCGCUAAAUUGAUCGCAAGUAGUUACUCCAGCAGGAGAGAAGUCUGUGGUGCAUUCGAGAACCGUGACCGCGGUGCGCCGUCGAACCGGAAGCCACCAUUUGAUGCAAAUGAAGGCGAGCGAUGGACGCUUUGUCGGUUGCGCCGGUCGCCAAAGGGUUGACCUUGGUCUGGCAAUUUAGCGUGGGGAAAAUGUGAAUGCAAAUGAUCGCCAAAGGGAUCGUCCGCUGUCUACCAUUGUAGUUGGAUUGACUGAGGGAUAAGUUAAGCAGUCUCCGCCAGUCUCUCUAAUGCUCUAAGUGAAAGUGAGAUCAACGUUUACCACUGCAAAAACGUCCGUAGGCUAGGCAAUGCUUGUGUUGCAAAACCAUUUAAGUCAAUUAAGAUAACUGGCGAAGUUACGUCAGUUCGAAGCGAAGUUUGUGCCUUGCGUGUGCCACUGUGUCAAGGGGGCAUAUUCCUAUUUCCAACUUCCGCGAGCAGCCUAGCAUCAUACCCGUUGUUCUCGUGACACCGAUGACGAUCAAUUAUCACCAACGGAAUCCUCGUUUACCUUUCUUAUUAACCGGCCCCGGCACACAGUGAAGCAGUUUGAUCAUGAUCUAAACGAAUGUUGGAAGCGAAAUAGUAGGAAUAACGGAAGCAGCAUAACGAUUGUCUGCAACAAAGAUGUCGCGAUCGUGUGAUCGUGCAAGAGUAGUGUUAAUUCAAUUGAAUUCAUUGCGACGGACGGACGGUGCCCAUGGUCUUAAUGUGGUGCUACCCACAGCCAUGCGACAUGCAGUUACUGACCUUACGGGAAUGGGAACAUAGUGUCUACCGAACACUUGUACGAACACAAAAGAGACCACAGAGACUCAUGACACCGUCUCGUGACCUAUCUUGUACCAGACGUUUGUUUCAGAUGACACUAAGCGCCCCACCGCCCGAUUGAUGGUUCCAUGCUGUAACACACAAAUGCUUCCGUGGCCGGUGCAGCACCACCACGUUGUUGCUGUGACCUACAUCCAACACAGGAUGGGGUAGCGGCGCAUGCGUCAAAAAAUGUGACUGGUAAGAAGGGAAGGAGAAACCUUACCAGUGAUACCAAAAACUUCGUCUAACCAUGUCGAUAAAACGUGACAAGAGGCCAAUGGCUCUUGUGCUCAAGACGAUGUCCAAUCCGUUAAGAUACAGCCCCCCUCUCUCCCGGGCAGCGCCAAUGAUGCAACGCGGCGCAGGUGUGCCGAAGCAACAUGUGCCACCGGUCACGUACACACCGUACCGUAGGUAGUACCGGCAGCUGAAUGAACCAUCAGUGGCAUAUUAAUGCCUUCGCCAAGGGAAGCAGAAAUAUCCUCUUUCUCUGCGUAAGGUCACGCAUCACCUUCAAGACGUUGUCGUGCCCUCUAUCAACUGCUUCGAAGGACGCAGUGCUUCGAGCAGAACAGCCGCAGCAAUGAUGCCAUCACCGUAGUGCUUAUCUCGCUAAACUGCGUCGGUGAUAACCCUCUUUUCCACCAACCGGGACACGCCUGCCUCUUAUGACGAAUUUGCAAUUGUUUUGCGUUGCUGCUGCUGCUGCCGCCGCCGAAGCCUGAUAGCGAGCCCUAUCAGUGCUCACAAACCGUGGCAGACGAUGGUCCACAUGGUGGGGGGCAAGAUGGAAUUUUUAAUCAACAUUUAAACCUCGAGUAGCCACUAGGAGAUUGUAGGGCUCCACCCCAUGUCCUGCACUGGGUUCGGGGCCCGGCAGAAAACAUUCGCUCGCAGUUUGUUCAUCCGUCGUCCGUUAUCAGGCCGACCGCACGCAAGGGCACCACAAAUGGUUAUUUCUGGUCUGGCUUAUGUGCAUGUUUCUAUGCUGUGCGGGACAGUGGGGAGAGUUCGAUCGGUCCGGAUCGCGAUCCGGUUGUGUACUGGUUGUGUUGGUAGGAUUAGAUCAUAGGCUCUGCUGUGGUGUGCCACAGCUCGCGAGGCGAAUGUGCGAGUGGAUUUGAUAAGAAACAGUCGCACUGUUUUGAAGCUUAUUGCGCGCGUGCGUAUGCGGCACAUGGUGUUGUCCUCAAUUUAUUGUUUAAUUUGUUUUUCCUAAGAAACCUAAACGCUACAAAAAAGAGUUUAAUUUCCUGCAACACUAAAUGUUGUCGUGGAAGGUGAUAAGAUCUCGGCAUUCGAAAAAAAAAGGCCAAAUCCCUAAUAAACCCAAUUGGCCAUAGAUCCGUGUUAAUCAAACGACGGCGUGGCGGCUGUGACCAUCGCGCGCGGCUUAUCGCGAAGAGGAACAUAAUAUACUGUGCGGUUCGCGCCACGUGCCAUCGGAGCCCAUGGCGUCAGUCAGCCAUCGGUCACGUGCAAUCAAUUAGAGCACAGCAAAUAGCCAGGGCGUUAAAUUACGAAUGCGGUGAUAAAUUCCUUUUUUUUGUGUAAAUUAAAACUGAAAAAUGCAAAUCUUCGUCCGUCGGCGAAUGCAUAUCUCGUGACCUCCAUGCGCCGUGCUGUUGUCGCGUUUGCCAAGGUUGUUUCUUCGUAUUUGGGUUGAGAUAGGAUAGGUGGAUUUUGGUUGCAACGAUAUAUGUUAUCUUAUAAUUGCUCCCCGGUUUGUUUACGUUGGACCGCAAGUCGAGUGUUGUGCAAAUUUGCCGGGAACACUCGACUGGACGAGGCCACGGCAGAACGAUCCAGAGGAAUUCUGGUUGAAAGUACAAGCAAAGAUCAUAAAAUUAAGUGCGGGAAGUGGUACUCAUCAAGGUCUCUUCCUCUUUGCUUUGUACCAUUUAUUGCAAAUGAAACACUAAACGGAAAUAGGAUGAAUGAACAUGCGCUAUACAAUUGAUGUUCAACGAUUAUAGUAAGUUAAUUUUAGUUUGAUAGAGGAGAUGGUGAGCCCUCGCGAUGACUGCAUUUUAUUUAUGCAAGCGGAAAUGUGUUGAUAAGAUACUGCACUGGCACGAACAGGGGGCAUGGCACUUUAUACUGCGAUCUUGCACCACCGAUAAGCCUGUGCUGCUUGUUGGACAAACAUACUUUGGAAACAACAUACAAUCCAAACUGCUCAGCUACAUCGGCAAGACGGCAUCGAGCGCUAGCGGCAAGUCGUCGAAGGAUUCGUGUCCGUUCUGCAAGGAACAGAAGAAGCGACCGCUCGGCGCGUACAUGCGCAAGCGUGGUCAACGCAUCACCUCCGAGAGCAUCAGCGAAGAGUGCAACGAGUUGCGCGAAGAGGAAGAGGAGGAGGACGAGUGCUCGGCCGGUGCCUCGUCGCCCGCGGCUGGCAGUCCCUCGAACGAUCAUCAGCAUAUGCACCGCGGUAUGGCGGGCCGCAGUUUCAA